AUCGGUUUGCAUUACAACGCCAGUCCUCCCCGAAGAUGAGAGUCCUCGACGUGGUACUAGCGCAGGCCCGCCUGUUGGGCUUGGUGACCUGCAUCUCCAAGCCCAAGAGUGACGUAAAGCCGUUCAGAGUCUCCAAACGUUGGAUAUUGUACAGUUACAUCUUUGUUACUGCAGCUAGCAUCAACAAUAUCUUGGUAUCUUCUCGGAUCGUCGUGGGGACCGCUCGGUGGACUAUCCAGUUUGCGAUACCAACCAUCUGCGUCAUUGACACUGUCACCGUCAUCCUCGUCGUUUGUCGCCAGCAUCGGGAUCUGCCGAACCUCUUGACCGCUCUCAAGGGACAAUAUUAUACCGCUCCCUGUCCCGGUGAACCAGUCCAAGGCGUCGCCACGAUCCUGUUUCUCUACGUGUCUAUAGCUAUCUCAACGAUGAUGGUGACUUUCCUCACUGUGCGGACACAUGGUUGGUCGCUCGCUGUGCUGCAGGCGCUCGUCUACCUCACCUCAGUGGCGAUACAGGUUUGGGAGUGCGCGCUGUUCGCCUCUCUCACGCACUGCCUGGUGCACCAGUACGCUACCGUCAACGCCCAGCUCCGCGACGCGUUCCUGCCUGGGGAAGCCACUCCUUGCCGCGUCACCACCCUCGGCCGCACCCGCCACGACCUGGUGAUGUCGUUGCGCCGCCGGCAUCUCGACAUCACCGCUCUCAAAGACAGGAUGUGGCACUGCUUCCACCUGCAGGUGUUUGUUGCUCUUGUAGCACCAUUUGGUUUACCACUAAUGGUUACAUGUGCUUUACGCUCGUUUUCCCUUAGAUAA